AUGGCUCUUCUUGCUCUGAGCAUUGCCAUUGAGAUGACUGAAGCAGGUUAUUAUGGAGAGGGUGAUGAUGGCUUCUGUAACAAUGGUGGUUGGCGUGGGUGCAAAAGCUUUUUCAGAGGGGGAGGAGGGGGUGGCGGCGGUGGUGGAGGUGGAGGGGGAGGUGGUAAUGGAAAUGGGGGUAGUGGUUCAGGACAUGGUGAAGGUUUUGGAGCUGGGGUUGGUGUAGACGGAGGUGGCGGUGGAGGUGGUGGGGGGUCAGGUGGUGGAGGUGGCGGCAAUGUGGAUGGUUCGGGGUAUGGAAGUGGAAGAGGAUUUGGUUCAGGCGCAGGUUUUGGAGGACGCAAAGGUGGCGGCGCCUUUGGAGGUGGUGGAGGAGGAGGAGGAGGGGGUGGUGGUGGUAAUGGAAAUGGGGGUAGUGGUUCAGGUCACGGCGAAGGUUUUGGAGCUGGGGUUGGUGUUGAUGGCGGUGGUGGUGGCGGUGGAGGGGGGUCAGGAGGCGGAGAUGGUAGCAAUGUGGAUGGUUCGGGGUAUGGAAGUGGCAGAGGAUUUGGUGCGGGGGCAGGUUUUGGAGGACACAACGGUGGAGGUGGCGGUGGAGGAGGAGGAGGAGGCGGAGGUGGUGGUACCGGGUCUGGAGGAGGGUUCGGUCAUGGUAGUGGCUUUGGUGCUGGUUUUGGUGUGGGAGAAAGUGGUGGAGGUGGUGGGGGAGGAGGAGGAGGAGGUGGAGGUGGAGGUUUUGGUUCAAAUGGUGGUUAUGGUCAUGGCAGUGGUUUUGGAAUGGGUGGUGGAUUCGGUGGCAGUGGUGGAGGAAGCCAAGAAGGAAACACUUCCGGUGGCGGAGGAGGAGGUGGUGGUGGCGGUGGCGGCGGUGGCAACAAUGAUAAUGGUUACGGUGAAGGUUACGGGCAUGGUGAAGGCAGUGGUUUCGGUGGAAGUAUAGACAACACAUACGGCAAUGGCAGUGGCAAAAAUGGCGGCGGCGUAGGCAUGGGCUUUGGUAUGGGUAUUGGAUUUGGUUUCGGCAUCGGUGCCGGCGCCGGCGGCGAAGCUGAAAACAGUGCAAAACCCUAA